AACUUGGAAAGCGUUUGAAGUUGUGGGAAUCCUAAAGCUGUUCUGCUCUAAUUGAAUCGUACACCAAAUCCAUAAAGAAGAAGAGUAAUAUCACAAACAUGUCGUCGAUUCGAGUCUUUUUUGGUGGCCGACGAAGCAACAUCUUCCAUCCUUUUAUCCUCCAACUCCGAGACCCUUCAGGAGACUUUGCUCUUCGUUCUUCACUAACUUCUGCCCGUUUCCCCCCGUUUUGUCGAGAAACCUCAGCUUUUGCCAACAUCCAAAUCGACUGGAAGGAGACACCAAAAGCCCACUUACUCAAGGCAGAUCUUCCGGGGCUGAAGAAAGAGGAAGUAAAGGUCAAAGUUGAAGAUGGAAGAGUGCUUCAGAUAAGCGGAGAGAGGAAUUCGGAGAAUAAAGACAAGAACGACACAUGGCAUAGGUUGGAGCGCAGCAGUGGCAAGUUCUUGAGGAGUCUCAGGCUGCCGGAGAAUGCAAAGAUGAAUCAGAUUAAUGCUACAAUGGAGAAUGGAGUUCUCACCGUAACAAUUCCUAAAGAAGAAGUGAAGAAGCCUGAUGUCAGGACUGUUGAGAUUUCAUGUUAAUUACGUUCCCUUGCAUCUUCGAUGGAGGAUGGAGUGUUUUUGCGUGUUCGUGUUCGUUUGCAGUUUCGUGUUUUUUUUUUUUUUUUGGUUUUUUCCUAUGCUUCGGGUGUGAAGUAUUUGGUUCUUUACAUGAUAGUGGGGAAAAGUUGAUCAUGCAAGUUUACGUUUGUAUACUCGUUUCAAUCUUUUGAUUAUUUCUCAA